CAUUCCCCGUCUCAAAAAUAUCGCUAUGCCGUUCGUAAAGGACUCAUCGUAUCGCGAAUUGCCGAGUUCUUCUGAAAUAGCCAACGAGGAUUACCACGAGUUUUUGUCACUGAAGAAGCUGAUAGUGAAGAUUACCAAGCACGGGCACUCCGUCUUCCGGUGCAGGUCGAUUGGGAUCCUCUCCAGCCAGGGCCGGGGCUACACUUUGCGUGAUAUCGACGACAGCUGCAUAGAGAUCAGUGUGUCCCUGCGCUACAUGAAAGCGAGUGUCCCAUACGCGGGGAGACCUUUCACUGCGCAUAUACUUGGCUUUGUCCAUUGGGCUUUUGGGAGGCCUGUUUUAUACGCCAUCUUUGUGAAGGAUAUCUUUCCGCCUUUAGCUAAUAAACUAUUUAGCACUAUGGAAUGGAUAGUCAACAACCAUAAAAUGCUGAACCCGGAAAGAAGGAGAAAGGAGGAAUAACAAAUUCAGCAGGACGAGUAUUGUCAUACUCGUCAGCAAGCAGAGUCCCACACAGGCCUCCUGUCACC